AUCGUCCCGUCACGUCACAAACGGACAAAUUUCCUCACGCGCUUGCGACGUCAGCACUCCACGGUGACGUCGUGGCUUUUAACAUCGCCUCAGCGCGCGUCGUGGCCGUGUUUGGCGUGCGUGACGUUCAAGGUGCCGCCGAUGCGCCGCAGAGGAGCGUCGCCAUGCGCGCAUGCGCGCGGGCGUCGUCACGCCGCAUCGGCGUUUGUCGCGUUUGGGUACAAAGCGCUGGAGACUCCGGCCGUGGUGCGUUCAGGUGUCCGCUGUUCAUGUCUUCAUUCCACACACGAAAUGAUGCAAUCCGGCGGAGUUUUUGACCUGGGCCCCGAGUCCACAAGCCGCGUGGCCAUGGCGACCAUGUCCAUCCUGGCGCCUCCGUCCCCGCUGUCCGCGCUGUCCCGCUGGUACCUGUACGCCAUCCACGGCUUCGUGUGCGAGGUCCUGUUCACGGCGUGCUGGGACUUCGCCCUGCACCGCAACUGGAAGUUGCCGGGCGUCACCAGCGUGUGGGCGCUCUUGCUGUACGGGACGUGCAUCCUGGCCGUGGAGCGGCUGUUCCUGCGUCUGCGCGACCGGGUCAACGUGAUCGUCCGCUGCCUCAUCUACACCAUGUGGACGUACGCCUGGGAGCUGAGCACGGGCCUGCUCCUGCGUCGCUUGGGAGCCUGCCCCUGGGACUACUCCAAGUUCCGCUACAAUUUCAUGGGCCUGGUGACGGCCGAGUACAUCGUGCCGUGGUUCUGCGCCGCCUACUUGGUGGAGCGCCUGGUCAUCCAGAACACCCUGCGCCUGCGGUACCACGACGGCUCCGACGACGGCUGGUCCGACCCCGUGGCCGGGGCCAUCAGGGCCGCCCGCAGGGGCGAGAAGAGGCUGCGUGCCGCCGGCAUCAGCGGCUUGUUUAAGUGGGACUGAGGGCCCGCCCGCGCUUGCUGUUUGAACCCAAAAAAAAAUCCAUCCAAAAUUAUUGUAAAAUAAAAGAAAACCUGGAGAAGUUUCAAAAGUUAGAAUAAAAAAAAUCAGUAAAAGGAAAGGG